UUUAAGGCCCCCCCCACCCCCACCCGCCCGCGGGGAGCGCGCGGCGCCGUUUGGGCCUCGCGGGGAGCCGGCGGCGGCGGGAACCGGAGGUGGCGGAGGGGAACGGGAACCGGCCCGGCGCAGGAUGUGCUCCCUGGGGCUCUUCCCCCCGCCGCCGCCCCCGGGCACGGCCACGCUGUACGAGCUCAACAACGUCCUGGUGUGCGGCCGCCUCUGCGAGCCGCUGCCGCUCGCCUUCCAGAGCCAGCUGGCGGGGCUGCCCGCCCUCAGCCUGCCCAAGGACGGCCUGAAAGCGCCCGGCCGGCUGGAGCACGGCACCCGGCCGGCCUUCAUCCACCACCGCGAGGCUCUCUGGAAGAGAUGCAUCAACGCCUGGCGGAACGCGGGGCUGUGCGGGCUGCUCAAGGAGAUCGCCAGCGCCGAGGAGGAGGAGGGUCUGCAGUGGUUGAAGACGGGCUCGAGCUCCGCUCUGGCCGUGUGCCGCUGGCUCUCCUCCCUGCACGGCUCCCUCUUCCCCCACCUCUCGCUGACCAGCGAAGACAUGAUCGCCGCCUUCUCCCAGGCGGUCGACUGGGCCGGCUGCACCGUACGCGCCUUCGCCUGGCACCCGCACACCAGCAAGUUCGCGGUGGCGCUUCUGGAUGACUCCAUCCGGGUGUACAACUCGAGCAGCGCCACCAUUCCCUCGCUGAAGCACCGCCUGCAGAGGAACGUGGCCGCCGUGGCCUGGAAGCCGCUGUGCGCCUCCAUCCUCGCCGUCGCCUGCCAGAGCUGCGUCCUGGUGUGGCACCUGGAUCCCACCUCCCUCUCCACCAGGCCCUCGUCCGGCUGCGCCCAAGUGCUCUCCUACCCCGGGCACGGCCCCGUCACCAGCCUGGCGUGGGCCCCCAGCGGGGAGCUGCUGCUCUCGGCUUCGCCGGUGGACACGGCCAUGCUGGUGUGGGACGUGUCCACGGAGAACUGCGUCCAGCUGCAGUGGUUUGGGGGCGGCGGUGUCACCUUCUUGGCUUGGUCACCGGAUGGCAGCAAGGUGCUGGCGGCCACCCCCUCGGCGGUGUUCAGAGUAUGGGAGGCUCAGAUGUGGACGUGCGAGAGGUGGCCCACGAUCAAAGGGCGCUGCCAGACGGGGUGCUGGAGUCCCGACGGCAGCCGGCUGCUCUUCACGGUGCUGGGCGAGUCCGUCAUCUACUCCUUGUCCUUCUCCGAGUACAGGGGGGAGAUGCAGGGGCAAGUGGGGGGCUCGAAAACAGCUUCCAUCGUGGCAGACCUGUCGGAGACCACCUUUGAGACGCUCUAUGGGGAGGAGAGGAUCGGGGGAGAAGUGCACUCCAUGGUGUGGGACCCCACCGGCGAGCGGCUGGCGGCGAUCAUCAGAGGGAAUCCCGACUCCCCCGGCAGCCAGACGGUCGUCGCCGUGUUUCGUACCCGCAACAGCCCCGUCUUCGAGCUCCUGCCCUGCGGAUUCCUGCGGGGCGAGCAGGACGCGCAGCCCCAGCUCAUCGCCUUCCACCCCUGCUUCCAGAAGGGCGCCCUCCUGACCGUGUGCUGGUCCACGGGGAAGAUCAGCCACGUCCCCUUCUUCUUCGUGAGCGCCCACGUCCCCUGCGCCAGCCCCAGCCGCAGCCCCGUCGUGGCCGUGCCCAGCGCCAGCGUGCGGGAGCAGCCCCUCUUCUCGGAGCUGUGAGCCCCACGCAGCUCCCCUUCCCGAAAAAAACGGCGCCGGGCCUCUCUCCGCCGCCUCCCUGCGCUCAGCUGCGGGUCCCUCUUCCCCCCCCCCCCCGGGGACCCGACGGGGCUUGAGUGCCAUCGCGUCAUCCGCCGCGGGUCCCCGCAGCCGCCUGAUGGGGUGGGCAGCGUGGGGCGGGGGGGGGAGGCCGGUGCUGUUCGGAUUAAAGGUGACUCUUCCUCCCCCUUGCCUUCUCCGCGCCUCGCUCCUUCCUCGCACAAAAGCAGCGUUGGAUUAUUCCUCGGAAGCGGUGCGGGGAGCGUGCUCCUGAGGCUGCGCCCGCCUGGGUUUGUUCUUGGGCCUCUGGGGGUGCUCCGUGGGGCCAGAGGCGAGCCUGCAGCAGGCCAGCCCCGCUCUGUGCCGUAAUUAAUAAUUAAAGCAGACCAAAGGC